GCUAACAAAGUUCUCAAGUGACCAUCCUGGCUACCGCACACUCCUCUCGACACAAGGCGUGCUCGCCAUUAUAUUCAUGAAGCCAAUACGCGGAAUAACUAGAGGCGGGAUGAAUCUUUGGUACAGGAAACAUCAGGUCUUCGAAGAAUAUGGCAUAGACAUAAUCAGCUCGGCCUCCGCCCUCCCAGUGGCAUACAACGAAUUUAUACUUGCUGAUGCAGCGGCAAUAAAGGAGAUCACUGCAUCCCGUACCCAGUUCCCAAAGCCAGUGGAACAAUACGCAGUGCUGUCUUACUUUGGCGGAAAUAUUGUUGCAUCGGAAGGAGAAGAUUGGAAGCGUUAUAGGAAGAUUGCCGCACCUGCAUUCUCCGAGCGCAACAAUAGGUUGGUCUGGGAGGAGACUGUGAAGAUCAUGGCCGACCUGUUCGAGAACGUCUGGGGUGAACAGAAGUCCAUCACGGUGGAUCAUGCGGUCGACAUCACGCUGCCGAUUGCACUUUUCGUCAUCGGUGUCGCUGGCUUCGGCAGGCGGAUGACCUGGCAGGAAGACGGCAAACUUCCCCCAGGCCACAGCAUGACCUUCAAGGCAAGGGGCUUCCUUUCGCAGGAAGCUCUACACUACGUCUCAUUAGACAUCUUCGUCAAGCUCUUAACCCCUGGCUGGCUCCUGAAGCUGGGCUUGACAGAGCGCAUGAAACGGGCCAGCACGGCUUUCCAGGAGCUCGAGGCAUGUCAAUAUAUGCUAGAGAUGAUCCAUGCCCGACGAUACGCCGAGGAGAAAGAGGAGCGAUAUGACCUGUUCAGUGGAUUGCUGGACGCCAGCGAGGACGAGUCGGACGGUUCUCAGCUUACGGAUCGGGAACUCCUUGGUAAAUAUUGUAUUUCGAUCUCUUACGAUGCGGCGCUUAUUGAAUUACCAGGUAAUAUCUUUAUAUUCCUGCUGGCUGGUCACGAAACUACCGCACAUACACUGUGCUUCACGUUUGGGCUACUUGCGCUGUAUCCCGAGCAACAGGAGAAGCUAUAUCGACAAAUCAAGAGCGUCAUUCCCGAUGAUAGACUACCGGCAAGUGCCCAGAUCAGCCGCUCAUGCAUGCACUUCAGUGUGUUUUAUGAAACACUCCGGUUGUUCCCACCUGCGGCCGCUGUCCCCAAAUACGCCGCUGAGGAUGCUACGCUCGUGACUACCGACAGCAGCGGCAAUAAUGUCAUCGUUCCGGUCCCCCAAGGCAGCACCAUCGUGCUGAAUAUCACAGGCUUGCACUACAAUCCCCGCUACUGGGAGGAUCCGUACGCAUUCAAGCCGGAGCGGUUCCACGGCGACUGGCCACGCGACGCGUUCCUGCCCUUCAGCUCUGGCGCUCGGUCGUGCCUCGGACGCCGGUUUUUCGAGACCGAGGGCAUCGCGAUCUUGACUAUGCUCGUCUCACGGUACACGAUUGAGGUCAAGGAGGAGCCAGAGUUCGCUGGAGAGACAUUCGAGGAGCGUAAGGAGCGGAUCCUCCAUGCAAAGGGGGGUCUGACGUUAACGCCUAUCCGGAUGCCUCUGGUGUUCAAGAGGCGGUAGCAAAGCUUGCCGUAUAUCAGUAUACUAUGUAUCUGACAUUCGAGCUUUCUCUUGAUCUCAAUAUAUAGUCCAAGCACUAAGCCGUGAGUGACUAAAACGUUCAUCAGGGUUUAUGGUCGCUUGCGAACUUGACAGUCUCGGGCGGAGUGUACAAGAAUAUAUUAGAAAGGCCCGGCACCUGGCGGCGAGCUCAGUCCAUGAUCCGGUAUUGCAUAGCUAAUGGCAGAUCAUAGCGGUCAUGCUGACGGCUCUGGCUCAGUGACGCUGCUAGAUUACAGACCUUCUGAAGUGGCCGGACGACGGUUCUGUGUGCAGCUGCUCUUCAACACCACCAAGGUGUAAACUUUCUACUCGCAGAGUUUUCACGUUUAUACAUUACAUAACCACGCCUUCGUUGGUCACGGUCUUACACGAGGAUGAGGUUCAACAGUUAGUAACCACCCUUCAGGACGCCGGCUGCUCAUUUCGUCGCGACCAUCCAUUGUGUUGGCCAUGAGUCAUGUCGACAUGUCGGCGU